AGGACCCCGGCACCCCUGCGGAGCCCCGGCCGGGCACGCUAUGCUCGGUGCCCGGCGCCUGCUAGGCGCUCUGCGCCUCUGCUCCUCCGUUUCCUGCCCCAGGCCCCGCGCUUCUGCCAAAUUGCGCGUGCGGGACGCCCUCGGGGUCCAGGACGCGAAUGGGGAGUGUGUAACGGUGCAGGGAUGGAUCCGUUCAGUCAGAUCCCAGAAGGAAGUUCUGUUCCUGCAUGUAAAUGACGGCUCCUCUUUGGAAAACCUUCAGAUUGUUGCUGAUUCAAGCUUUGACAAUAGCGAACUGGCUUUUGGGAGCUCUGUGCAAGUUCAAGGGCAGCUGGUCAAAAGUCUGUCCAAAAGGCAAAAUGUGGAACUGAAGGCAGAAAAAAUUGAGGUUAUUGGAAACUGUGACGCCAAGGCAUUCCCUAUAAAAUAUAAGGAGAGGCAUCCUCUGGAGUACCUGAGACAGUACCCUCACCUGAGGUGUAGGACAAAUACUCUGGGUUCAAUAUUGCGGGUUCGCAGUGAAGCCACGGCUGCUAUUCAUUCCUACUUUAAGGACAAUGGCUUUGUGCACAUUCAUACCCCAGUAAUCACAUCCAAUGACUGUGAGGGGGCUGGAGAGCUUUUCCAAGUGGAGCCUUCAAGCAAAAUAAAGUUACCCGAGGAGAAUUUCUUCAAUGUUCCUGCUUUCUUAACUGUCUCAGGACAACUUCACCUAGAAGUAAUGUCAGGAGCUUUUACCCAAGUAUUUACCUUUGGUCCAACAUUCCGAGCUGAGAAUUCUCAGAGCCGGAGACACCUGGCAGAAUUUUAUAUGGUUGAAGCAGAGAUUUCUUUUAUGGAAAGCCUUCAGGAUCUCAUGCAGGUUAUGGAGGAACUCUUCAAGGCUACCACUGAAAUGGUUCUCUCAAAUUGUCCUGAGGAUGUUGAACUGUGUCACAAAUUCAUAGCUCCUGGCCAGAAGGACAGACUAGAACAUAUGCUAAAAAACAACUUCCUAAUCAUUUCUUAUACAGAGGCAGUUGAGAUCUUAAAGCAAGCAUCCCAGAACUUCACCUUUACACCCAAGUGGGGUGUUGAUCUACAGACUGAACAUGAGAAGUACCUGGUGAAACACUGUGGCAACAUCCCAGUCUUUGUCAUUAACUACCCAUUAGCACUCAAGCCUUUCUACAUGAGGGAUAAUGAAGAUGCUCCUCGACACACAGUCGCUGCUGUUGAUCUUCUGGUCCCUGGAGUCGGGGAGCUCUUUGGAGGAAGCCUCAGAGAGGAACGGUACCACAUCCUAGAACAGCGACUAGCCAGAUCAGGACUUGGGAAAGCCUACCAAUGGUACCUGGACCUUCGUCAGUUUGGAUCAGUGCCACACGGAGGCUUUGGGAUGGGAUUUGAACGCUACUUACAAUGCAUCCUAGGAGUUGACAACAUCAAAGAUGUUAUCCCUUUUCCAAGAUUUACUCAUUCGUGUCUUCUGUAGCUGAAAGAUUGUUUGAAUAAAAGAACUCUAUGGCAAGGACUCUGCACAUGAAUACAUAAAGAAGACUGGGUGUUUGUGUUUUAGAAAUGUGGCUCUCAGUGCACAGUCCUCAUGCUGUGAGGGAUAAUAUGUGAAAAAUAGUAAUGGUCUUGGUUUUCUUAAAAAGUCAAAGGCUUUUCAUGGAUAGACAACUCCCCCAAGAAGAACUAUUCAGAGCAAGUGGACUUUCAAGUCUCUUACCUCAAUUAAGGGGGAGGGAGGUGAGAAGAAGUAGCUGGAACUGUUGACCAGCUACUGGAGAAGCUGGCACAGAAGGGUUAACUUGAGCCUGGAGAAUAGCUCAAAAAAGAAGAGAGAAAUAUAUUGAAGUGCAAAGUCUGAAAGUUCCUUCCAGACUCUUAAGGCAGAGUGGUAAUGUUUCACCUUGCUCUGUCUUUUCUCAGUAGCUCACUUCCCUUUGUAUUUUUUUUUUAAAACAACUAGUGGCCAAAAAUAAGAUGAUGUUGGCUCUUUUCUUUCUCUUUUGCAAUUUAAGCCACAAUAAAUUCAAAUCAUCUUGUU